AUGCUCAGUACUACGGAACAAAAGCAGCGGAUCCUGCCCACAGUCGACAGUGAAAUUAGCCUUACCAAACGUUUCAUAGAGAAGAUGCCGAACAAUGAAAGUGUUUGGAAUUACUUGGCUGGGUUACUGCUGGAAACUGGAGUGUCAUCUAGACCUGACGUUGUGGCGUUUGUGGAAGAUCUUUAUGAGAGAACUGAACCACCUAGCCGAGCACCCUAUCUGGUUUCUUUCUUGUGCGACAUUCUUUUGGAAAAUAUAUCGAAAACGACGUCAAUGCUGUUGAGAACUGCAAGAGAGCAAAAGAGGCCGGAUGAGGGUGGUGGCAUUUUUAGACCGACAAGUGUUGACUUCUUACUAAAAUUAGCUAUACAACGAGCUCAUAGCCUUAGACCCAACUCGAGCGAAUUACUGGAAACACCAGAUGAGGGUCGCGGACAAUUUGUUGGAAAGGCGCUCCUUCAAAACAGUAGCCAAAUGAUUUUUGGAAUUGUCGGCGAAAAAGCCACCUUGAUGAUUCUCUUUUUAUCUUCUUAUCAGUCUAUCAUCAUGGGUUUGGGCCUUGACCAUAAAGUGCUGGUGGUACUUGAUCACGGUCCCCGCUUUGCUAGAAAAGCGGGAAAUCCGCUCUCUAUCACGCUUAAGGAGUCUAGUGUCAAUCGUACGGUUGGAAAGUGUGAUAAAUCUCUCUGGACAUGGUGUGUUGAAGCGACCCUCGAACUGCAUCGAACUGUUUCGGACCUUUUCUCCCAGGAACGGGAUCCCAGUUCUGCUCGUCUUAUGCGGCUUGUACUUGCUGAUUACGUUGGCAGGGUACUUCAGCCGCGAUGGGGUACUCAGCUAGUAACCCAACAAGAGCUUUUGGCAUCUCUGUCAGCUAUUGGUUUGCCAUCUACCAAUGAUGAUAGUGAAAGCCUGGCGCUGAGUGGAGUUACUCUUGCCAUUGAAGCUUUGAGUCAACUGAGUGAAGCUCAAAUCAAAGGAGAAAAGAAUGAGAGUUCAAAUGAAAAGAAAUGCAGCGUGUCUAAGGAAAGAAGCAGUUUCUCACGCGAACCAAAGUGCUGGGAAGAUCCUUCGCCUUCUUCAGUUGCUCCGGAAACAGAUCGGAAAGUAGUCGAAAAUUGUGGAUCGGUCGUGAUCUUUACGGCAUACGCGGAAGAUGAGCGCCUAACGGAAUUGGAAAACGAAGUGGCUGAUAUGAUAAACGGUCGUAAUAGAAUAAUCAAGUCUCUGCAGGAUAGCUCGUUGUUUGUUAUACGCAAACUCUUUUGCCGCUUUGUUCAACUGUUCACUCAUUUUCAGAUUUUCUUGCAUAAAUCAUGUGAAGCUAUACAUCAUUAA